AGCUUCUUUUUUUUUACCCAAGUCCAAAGUACUGGAAUAAAAAGGAGUAUAGUGUGCUUCUUGGCAACUUCACCCACAUCCAAGGAAAGCAGUGAAAACAUUGGAGACUGCAUCCUCCUUCAAGAUUUAACAGCCUGCUUAGAGAUGUACAACUCAUCAGAGCAUAAGCAUAAGUUUGCUCCUCCUCUUCCUCCUCCGAUGAGCCCAAGAAUCUCCUUCUCCAAUGACUUUGCAGGAUGCCAUCCACCAUGAAAUCCGGAGGGAGGUGGCUGCUGCUCCGCCUGCUGUCUCCUCAGAUUUUGAGUUCUCUGUUUCCAACUACUCCAUGAUGAGCGCUGAUGAGCUCUUCUCCAAGGGCAGGCUGCUGCCCUUCAAGGACGGCUGCAGCAGCCAGACGCGGAGGAGCACCACCACUCUCAGAGAUGAGCUGCUCCAUGGGGAGGAUCACGACGAUGACGUCUCGUCAUCCAGACCGCCAAAGGGUGCAAGGUGGAAGGGGCUCCUCGGAAGGAAGAGUAGGUCCCACAUUGUGUCCAAGAAAGCUGAGAAGAGUGACGGAGAUGGCAGAAGGUCUGGACUUGCGGUGGUUCAUGAGGAAGCUCAGCAUCAUGCUAAUAUUAAGACAUCACAGGUGUGGGUUAGCUCAGUUGGCCGAAAACAUAAUGGUUUAGCUAGGAGGUGUUGGACGAAGGAGGGUCAAGUUGGAGAGAUGUGGAGAUUGGAAUAUAGAGGGGUAUGCUGAUGAAUUUGUAGAGGUGUGGGGAGUACCUUUUUUUAUUUUUUUUAACCUCUUGAAGGCUUAGAGAGAUUAUUGUUACUCUUGUAUUUUUACCGCUGUUUUUUGGGUUAAAUUUAGAGGGCUUGUGGUUUCUGUUAGUGAUUGAUCGUUUUUAAUUAGGGCUCUCUAAUUAUUGUCUGGUGUAUUUUGAUUUCAAAGUUUGAUCUGUUUAGUUUUUAAGGAUUGGAAUUUGGUAUUUUUGGCUGUUCAUUGUACAAAAAUGUUUGCAGUUGAAGAACCUUUUUUUUUUUUU